UUUAAAAAGAAAGUGAAGUGAAAGAAAUGAAUUUACGAGAAUAGGUCGCAAGUCGCAUAGAUUUUUGGUUGAUUUCCUUUUCACUUUACUUUAGUAUUUUCUAUUAUAUCUAAUAAACUACCGUUCAUUUGUGUUUCCGCUUACGUUUUGAUUCAGCGAUCUUGGGACUAAAGCACGUAAAACGGGAUAAGUACGAGAGUGAACAGCAUCUUAUUGAUUUUCUUUCCUUGCAUAUGCUUUCAACCAACGCGAGCCGAAGUUACUAUUACGUUGAUAUUUCGACAGAUUUUGAGUUAACAUUUCAGUAAAGAUGAUGGCUAAUAGUCUCGAUGCCGUAAACGCAAAUCAGCCUACGCAAAAUGGAAGUAAGCUUCAACCAUGUAAUAAUGAGUCUAAGACUAAUUUGAUAGUCAACUAUUUGCCACAAACAAUGUCCCAAGAAGAAAUCAGAUCACUUUUUUCAAGUGUCGGCGAAGUGGAAAGUUGCAAGUUAAUAAGAGAUAAAGUUACUGUUUUUCCUGAUCACAUUCUUAAUGGCCAAAGUCUCGGGUAUGCAUUCGUCAAUUACCAUAAGCCUGAAGAUGCCGAAAAAGCUGUGAACACACUGAAUGGUCUACGAUUACAGAACAAAAUUAUAAAAGUGUCCUACGCUCGUCCCAGCUCAGAUGCUAUAAAAGGCGCUAAUCUUUACGUUUCUGGUCUCCCUAAGCACAUGACGCAGCAGGAUUUGGAGAAGUUAUUCAGUCCGUUCGGUACAAUAAUAAGUUCGCGCAUCUUACACGAAAACAUGAACGUCGGGCAUUUAUUGCAAGGGGGCAUGGAAGAACAAGGGAUUCAAGGACCUUCCAGAGGGGUUGCAUUUAUUCGUUACGAUCAAAGAAUUGAAGCUGAGAAUGCUAUAAGAGAGUUAAAUGGCACUAUACCGCCUGGAGGUACGGGUCCCAUUACAGUGAAAUGUGCAAACAAUCCCAGUAACCAAAACAAGGCCCUUGCACCGCUGGCUACGUACUUAGCACCACCCACCGUCCGUCGCUUCUUAGGGCCCGCCGGUAAGGCUCUGCUUGCCAUUAAUAAAGGACUUCAACGAUACUCGCCGCUUGCGGAUCCUCUCGUCCAAGGUAACGCAUUAGGCGGUUCAGGUUGGUGCAUUUUUGUUUACAAUAUCGGUGCCGAUACAGAAGAAAGUGUGCUAUGGCAGCUGUUUGGCCCCUUCGGAGCCGUUCAGAGUGUUAAAAUUAUAAGAGAUCCCACCACCAACAAGUGCAAAGGCUACGGUUUCGUUACUAUGACCAACUACGACGAGGCUGUAGUUGCCAUCCAGUCAUUGAAUGGCUAUUCCCUCAAUGGACAAGUGCUGCAAGUCAGCUUCAAAACAAACAAGAGUAAAUCCUAAACUCUUUAAAAUCUAGUCAAUAAAUUGUAGCUAAUGGAAAAUGUUGAUCAUUACUCUGUCAUGGUGUUAUCAUGGUGUCGUCCGUGUUAAUGAUGGUAUUGAUGGAGAGUGAUGAUGUAAAUCAUGACAUGACACCAAUUUUUAAACCAGUGUUCAUAAAGUACAAACCAUCUAUUUUCACAUAAGUAACAUCACAGUAUUUGUAAGUCUAUAUAUAACUCUCCCACUAUAUACAAUUUAUGUACUUAAAUGUAAAAGACGCCAGUUUGUGGCUAGCUGAAUCCAAAUCUCUGAGAGGUUUAUAAUUUGAACGAUAUUUCUGUUCCUACAACUGCCUCGUAACCUUUGAAAUGCUUAGUGGCAAUAGAAUGUAAAAUUUACUCUGAAAAUAUAAAAUAAAUUGAAAAAUGUUGCCAACUGAGACAUUUUAAGGUAGGCAGUGUAGUUAUUAAACUUAUUUAUGUCUACCGUAGACGGGACGGAGGGAAAAUAUUAUUUAAUUAUAAUUUUUUUGUCCUACAAAUAUUUCCAUGAUAGAUCAGUAAAACAGCAAAUUAUAUAUGUUAUUUCUACAAUACGUGUCUGUGCAAUAUGAAAGAAAAAAAAAUUUACUAUAAGUAAAAGAAAAUAUAUAAAAAGCAGUGCAAUUAUUUAUUAAUGAAAAUAGUAAUGCAGCAAUAAAUAAUGUAAUGUAUAUUGUACAUGUAGAUAUACAUUGAGUGUGUUUUAGUCUACCAAAGAUGUCGCAAUUGGGACUGAUUUGAUCACAGUGAUCAUGAAUACAAUAACAUAAUGACUUCUCCCGCAGAAGCUUUUAUAUUUUAUUAUAAAUGAUACAUUAAGGAAACUUAACGGAUAAUGUUGAAACGUUGACGACGAUGACUAUGUGGAGCUUGAUAAUGCACAAAAUCUUAUGUAGGGAUUUAUAAAAACAAAUCAUUUAUGUAGCCGUAUAAUAUAACUUUAAUUAAUAUAAUAUUUUUUUUACAUCACUCCUGUGGUAAUGACAAUUUGCUUUGACAUAAUAUCUGACAGUCCGUUGAUCCACAAGCUAAAUUAUGAAUUUAAUGACCAUGACUUAAAAUUUUAAUUGAUCAACAUUUUAAAAUGUAACAAUUUUUUUUUUGUAAUCUCUAAUGACGCAUUCUAUUUGCGGGCACAUUUAUAACUUUAUAUUAGGGGUCGUUUUAAUAUAAGGGUGUGGAGGAGAGCAUCUCAUUAUUUUUUGCUUUAAGCAUCCGGUAAUCUUUAAUGUACCUUUUAUAUUCAGACGGUGAUGGAAUCCGGUGUCCAUUCACAUCUGAACAUACUAGGAGACGGGCUUGUGUUGUGCAAAUCGAUCGAUAUGAAAAUUGCUAAUGUUUGCAAAAAUUUUGAAUAUUGAUUGUACUAUGAUAUUGUCUCUCUCAUUCAUUUAAUUGUAUAAUCUCUAUUUAUUAUCUAUAUUUAAGUAAUGUAUAAUUAAUAAUUUAUUAUAAUAUUAGUAAAUAGUAAUAUAUAAUAGAUUUUGAUUUGAUGUUGCAAUUAAUAUAUUGUAUUAGCGUAAGAACUAAAUUAAUUUGAUAUUCAUUAACAUGUAACUCGACACAGAAACUUCUCAAAUGAUUUACAUAUGGAUAUAAUUUAGUAGUUCUGGGAAUAGGUAAAUUAUUUCUAGGUAAAUAAUGUCAUAUCAUUGAUGAACAUGCAACGGAAGCCUUCCCCCGUUUGUGGGUAAUUGUUACUUGCAUUUUGUAUUGAGUUAAACAAUAGAGUUAUCCGUGAUCCGUUUUGAUCGGUGUUGAGAAGUCAUUUUUAAAUGUCUCUAUAAUAGUUACGUACGACUGUAAAUUGGUAGGCGCUGUGGUUGAUGCCCUCGUGGAUGAUACUGGUAAGAAUGUUUCAUUAUUAUAAUUAUUUAUUUAAAGUACUUAAACUUCAUUGUACUAGUCAGUUAUAAUUUGCGCAAGGUUAAAUCUUUAAGUACCUUUAGUAUUUGAAAUAUACUGUGUUCUGUAAUUUAAAUGUAGAUUAGGUAUUUGGUUUAAAUUAUGUUGGUGUGGUGUUUUUAAAUUUAAGUAUAUUAUUUGCACACGCUAAAAAUGAAACAGUAACAAAUUGUGUGUACUUACUAGUCACAUAUGAACCUCACAAUGUGUAAUAUUUUGGGCGGUAAAUGUUAUGUUGUAAUGUUUUAUUUAUUUUUUAAUUAUAAAUAUUUAAAGUAUAUAACUAUAGUAUAAUGUUAUAAAGAGGCUCUGCAAGCUUUCGCUGUAUGUCAGAUGCAUGAUUCAUAGUUCAAUAUGGAGUCAACAUUGAAGUAUUGUGCUCAAACGCGAAAUGUUUUAUCGCCCAAAAUAUAUUGGACUGUGUAUUUAAAUGAUAGAAUAGUUUGUGUUGUGUCGUCCUCUACAUGUGGAUUCUUACAAUUGUACAAAUGAAGUGUUACAAUGUUCACAGCCAUCCAUUACAGAGGAUUAUUCUUACAAUUGUACAAGUGAAGUGCUACAAUGUUCACAGUGACCCAUUACAGAGGUUGAUUCUUCCAAUAUUUUUCUUUAUGGACCUGUCCCAUAUAUUAUUUGUUUUAUAAUUUCCUACUAUUUAUUUUUAGUAUUAUAUCCGUUAUCGACUAACAUUCGAUUAUAAGCGUUUAUUUAUCCUAACAGUUUAUAUAUAUAUAUUUAUGUAUAUAUAUUAUUAUUUUUUGCGGGCAGGUUUGGGUACAGUUAAAAUAAGGUUUGGCCUAGCACGUAGAUAAUUGUAAGACAGAGUACAAAUUGCCGACAAGGUGUUUAAAUGUUUGGCUUACAUUAAUCUCGAAAUGUCAACGAAUGUAAUCUGAGUAGGGAAUAUUGAUAUAGACAUUAAAUAUCGACAUUAGCAAUAAUGUA